GCACCAGGAGCAAGCCUCUCAGUUCCUGAGCCUUAGAAGUGGUAAGCCCCUAAGAGACAUCUAUCUACCCACUGUGUUUGAGAUGCUCAUGGCGCACCCCCAAGCCCUGCUCUUCUGCCUGCUGUUCCUGGUGAUCGCUGAAGGCUGGGGUCGGCAGGCGGCCAUCCCAGGCUGUCACUUGCACCCCUUCAAUGUGACAGUGCGAAGUGACCGCCAAGGCACCUGCCAGGGCUCCCAUGUGGCACAGGCUUGUGUGGGCCACUGCGAGUCCAGUGCCUUCCCUUCCCGGUACUCCGUGCUGGUGGCCAGUGGCUAUCGACACAACAUCACCUCCAUCUCUCAAUGCUGUACCAUCAGUGGCCUGAGGAAGGUGAAGGUGCAGUUGCAGUGUGGGGGAGACCGGAGGGAGGAGCUGGAGAUUUUCACAGCCAGGGCCUGCCAGUGUGACAUGUGUCGCCUUUCACGCUACUAGCCCACCCUUUCCCCACCUCCUUCCCUGGAUCAGAGAUUGAGUUGGAGUACAUCUCGUAUAUCCUGAGCCUCGCUUCAGGGGGACAGUGGCUUCAACCCUCUUAAAAUUCUUUGUCA